CGACAUGUAUCAGUGUAAUGUUGACGUGAUUGGGUGAAAUUGUUUCAUAUGACAGAAAAAUGAAAAUGGCAACGUAUGAAUGAACUGUCAAAAAAAUUUCUUCAAAACUAUUAUCGUGACGAUCUAUAUUGAUUUUAUGUGUACACUUUGUUUUCAGUAGAAUGGGCUAAACAUCAUGAAAAAUUUAUAAUGAGAAAAUUUCUCACAGCCUCAAUUUCAAAUGUUUUCAUUUAAAAAACAAAAUUCUAAAAACGGUUAGGCAUUUAUGGGUUAUAAAGAGAACGACGCUCAAAUUCUACCAUUGGACAACACUCUCAUCCCAUAUAACUGGAGAAUAUUUUUGAACGGUGAACCCCCCUGGUGCUGCUAGCUCCCUGCUAAGCAGUGAUUAGAAUUUAAAUAAUAAUACACAUUAAUCCUGAGCGACUCUGAGCAGGAGUUGCCUCCUUGCUUAUUACAGUUAAUUAUAUUUAGUAAGAAAAAUCCCUAAAGUUUCUUUCCCAUCAUGAAGCUGAUAUCGAAUAACUUCAUCCAAUCUGUGGGUGCAGAAGUUGACAUUUUCAAUGUUUUUACAUCUCUAAAGAAGGAAAUCAAUAAUCAGGAUCCAUUUUUCAUUUGCAAACUUUCUGAAAUCAUCAGCAAAUACCAUUCAUGGAAAAUGAUGUUUCCACGAGUUAAACCUUUUUAUGGUGUGAAUACUAACAGCAAUAGCAUUGUUCUUGAGACCCUAGCAGGAUUAGGUGUUGGAUUUGAAUGUACCACUAAGAAUGAUAUGAUCCAAGCGUCAUCUGUGGCUGGUUCUAAUUCUAUAUUUUUGUCAGUUCCACUCAAAACAGCAAACUUGAUUAAACAUGCUUCCAAUUCUUCAGUUCACCUGAUAAGUUUUGAUACCGAGUCAGAACUGGAGAAAAUAUUGAAAUUUUACCCUCAAGCAAAACUGCUUAUUCAUGUUCGAAGUUUAUUUGACGAGGAAAUGUCAUAUAAUUUUGGUUGUGACCCAGAUACUAGCUAUAAAAAACUACUGAAAUUAGCUUGUUCAUUAAAUCUCAAUGUAGUGGGAAUUCAUUUCAAUAUUGAACCAGAGGGUAAACAGGAAGCAUAUUCCAAAACCAUUGAAUUGGCUAGAAAAUUGUUUGAUGUUGCUACUUCAGUUGGUUAUGACUUUAAUCUUUUGAGUUUGGGCAGAGGAUUUCCAACAGAUUGUCUGAAUGAGUUGGCUGAAGAAGUCAAUAAUGCUUUGGACAACUAUUUUCCUGAUAACUCUGUGGAUGUAAUAGCAAAUCCAGCACAAUUUUUUGUGGAGUCGGCAUUUACUCUAUCAUGCCAUAUCGAAUACAUUCGUCAAGUAAACAAAACUGAUCCAAUAACUGGUAUUCCCUACACACAUUAUGAAUAUUUCAUCAAUGAUGGAGUUUUUGGAAGUUUUAACAAUGUUUUUUGGAACAAGCAGAAUAUUAAUCUACAACCUUUGAAUAAUUAUCCAUUAUUCAAAACUUAUUCGAGUAGCAUUUGGGGCCCAACUAGCAGUGCAUUAGAUCGAAUUAUCGAGGAAGUUUCUCUGCCUGAAAUGAAAAUUGGUGAUUCAAUCAUAUUUGAUAAUAUGGGCUACUUUACUCCAAGUUGUCAUAAUGGUUUUCCACCUCAAGAAGUUUAUGUUCUUGCUAAUGAGGAAAAUUGGUCACAUAUGUGCGAAGAUCAGCAAGAUAGCAAAGAGAUUUACUUUGUUAUGGAAAAUAAUGCAGAGGAUUAUUCUCAAGAAUGUUUUGAUGAAGAGGUCAAUCUCCCUGAUAUUUUACAUAUAGAUUCAUGUAAUAUGCUGAAAUGACAUUAUGUUAUGGAAAUUCCUACAUUAAUAUUUUUUUCUUUUUUCUUCUAUCUGAUAAUUGAAAAUUUAUUGAUGCUGACACUUUCUGCAAAAGCUAACAGCCAUGUUAAUCUGGAAAAUCGAGACAAUAUUGGCUACAUUUUCCACCUUUGAUCUGGAAAAAUGUUUACACUUUUUUAAUUAAGUGAAACUGAAUUUUGUUCAUCUAAAUAUUGAAGUUCAAAAAUUGAUGGCAAACUAUAGAUUCAAAUCAUUAACAAAGAUUCACUAUGAGUUAUUAGCUAUGCAGAUGUAAUUCCGAAAAUAUUGUGUAUUCCAUUAAUUGUAAUGUUAUUGUGGAAAUAGGUAUUUUCAAUCAGGAAGUUUGAUCCAAAUGUUCUCUACAAUGUUAAAUUUGUAUUUUUUUGAAAUAAUUAAUUCUGCAAUUGGAAAUAUUGUUUAAAAAAAAAUUGUUAUUCAUAGAAUUUAUUAGAAUUUUAGGGAUUUUCUCAAAAAUAUAAUUAAUAUUAGUAUUUAAAAUAUGUAGCAUUUUGAGAUUUGAGUGAAUAUUCAGAUGAUAAGAAAAAUUUUAACUCAAAUUUCCUGUGUUUUAUCAUUUUUAAAUAUGUGUAUGAGCAAGGGGGCAGCUUGAUGCUUAUCCUCAAAGGAAAUUAAUGUUUCAACCUAAUAUAUUUGUAAAUUUAGAUUAAAAUAUACUUAAAUAUGUACUAAACUUUUAAAUGUCCAGAGAAAAUAAUAAAUAUAUUGAAAUAUUAA